UGGAAAAGGCUAGAAGUCAAGAAGUCAGUGCAGAACUUUUGAUCGAAGAAAAUAACAUGCAUAAUUAUGCUAUUGUGUGGCCUUUAUUAAGAAAUGGAGGUGCACAGAGAGCUAUGAAAUAUAUGUUUAGAUUUUUGUAUAGUGAACAACCUGUUAUUAGUCAAAAAACUAAAGGAUGA